AUGGCGGGAAGACAGUUGGCAAUUGGGGUUUUAUCCACGACUCAACAAUUCUCCCUCUCUGUAUUGCAUCAAAUUGGUAUCAAAGCUACAAGGAUUAGAUCUGUUGGAAGGCAAAAGGACAUCAUGACAAUCAAAGGAUCCAUGGAGGAAGGGAUGCUACAAAGGAAUGCCAUCUUCAAGACCAGACGUUUCUAUCUAGGCAAGAACACACAAAGUUUGUGGCUAACUGAUAUCACACAUCAUCAUUUAGCUAUUGCAUUUGUGUUUUUCAUUGCUGGCCAUAUGUAUAGAACCAACUUUGGGAUUGGACACAGUAUAAAAGAUAUUUUAGAAGCACAUGUUCCUCCGAAAGGCUUAUUAGGACGCGGGCAUAAGGGUCUUUACAACACAAUCAAUAAUUCUCUUCACUUUCAAUUAGGUCUUGCUCUAGCUUCUUUGGGAGUUGUUACUUCCUUGGUAGCUCAACACAUGUAUUCUUUACCUGCCUAUGCAUUCAUAGCGCAAGAUUUUACUACCCAAGCUGCAUUGUAUACUCAUCAUCAAUACAUUGCCGGAUUCAUUAUGACAGGGGCAUUUGCUCAUGGAGCUAUAUUUCUCAUUAGAGAUUAUAAUCCAGAACAAAAUAAGGAUAAUGUAUUGGCGAGAAUGUUGGAGCAUAAGGAAGCCAUAAUCUCUCAUUUGAGUUGGGUUAGUUUAUUCCUAGGUUUUCAUACCUUGGGACUUUAUGUUCAUAACGAUGUUAUGCUCGCUUUUGGUACUCCAGAAAAGCAAAUCUUGAUUGAACCCAUAUUUGCUCAAUGGAUACAAUCUGCUCAUGGUAAGACCUUAUAUGGUUUUGAUGUACUCUUAUCUUCAGCAAAUGUGCCAGCAUUCAAUGCUGGCAAAAGCUUAUGGUUACUCGGUUGGUUGAGUGCUAUUAACGAUAAUAAAAAUUCACUGUUCUUAACAAUUGGUCCCGGAGACUUUUUGGUUCAUCAUGCUAUUGCUCUAGGUUUGCAUACAACUACAUUGAUUUUAGUAAAAGGUGCUUUAGAUGCACGCGGUUCUAAGCUAAUGCCUGAUAAGAAAGAUUUUGGUUAUACAAUAUUUAUGCAAUUAAGUUUAAGAUAA